AUGGUAAAACAAAUAGAGUGCCCAAAUGACCCAACUUCACACAACUUGGCAGAAAUAGGCGAUUUAUUGAAUGGCAAAGAAGGAGAAAAGCUGCAGCAGUUUGCGAAUGAUUAUAAAAAGAUCAGGGAAGAUUUGCUUCUUUCAUGUGAUAGCCAUGAUUCGAUUUAUGAUUCUAUUCUGGAGUAUGUCAAGAAAAAUCCUUAUACUACAAGAAGAAAAGAUAAGAAAAAAUCGCGAAUGCAAUUUUUGUUUGAAGAAAGCCAUUAUCCACAUCAGAGACCAGUGCAUGGACCUGAUCACCCAGUUAAUGUUAGGGACACAAAGCAGCCUUGGAAUAUGAAUCCAGGCAGGCUGUUUAUACCGAAAUACGUAGGAGACAGAAUGAGAGAAGUUCAAUGGGCACAACAAGCAAUUCAAGCUCAGCAAGCUCAAAUUGCCCAGCAACAGCAAAAUAAAUAA